AUGCCUACCCCGACAGACAAUGUAGCACUCAACACGCCUGACCCAGAGCACCUUCCUGACAAAGUCGGUGGACCUACGACUACCGGAACGGUCGGCUGCACAUUUAAGUACCAAUACCCUACCGGUCCACAGUAUCGCAUUAGCUUUAGCAAGAAAUUGGUUUACUUCACGGUGCCUGCCCUCUCAGAUGGAACCACGGUGCUUGCACUUCCCUAUCAACAGCGGGAGGUCCGUCCCAAUCUGUUUUUGGUGCAUUGGAUUGGACCCGGAAGACAGGGACAUGUAGCCCUGAAAAGGAUGGACUGUGUGGCAUUGAUGCCAGCCGGGCUAUACGAGCUUUUCGAUCGUGCGGAGUUUAACGAGGUUUACGAGAAUGGGAAGUCAGCAUUAUACGCACAAUACGAGUGA